CAAUUUGAGCUGGAUGAUGAACACGUGUGCACAACCGUAAAAUAAUUGUGAUAACCAACGUUUGAUCGUCAUGGCGGGAUAAACUAUAGGGUAUACCAGCCCAACUACAGGUGUCCAUUGCGGCCUUAUGCUGCAUGGGAAUCAAUGUCCACUCCGUUUAAGGUCAAAGCAAGAUGCUGAGGUUGUAACAAAACAAUGGUACCUCCCUUCCCUGACUAAUCGUUUGUAGUUUCAACAGAGAGGGGCAGUAAUGUGGUUACCCACUUCGCCAGACGAACUCUGUUCCCCCCAGGCAAAGUAACAUUUUUCCUGGAGUCGGUUAUGGAUAAUGGCUAAGAGCUGUGACAACACAAAAUUGUAUUUGAUUUUUUUUUUUUUUUCAUCUAAUGUCUUUUUAAUACCAACUGGGGUCUGAAUAUCCAGUUUAAUGCCACAGCGAAUGACUGUACAGGACAGGCCAGUCUGAGACAGGGUGUUCCUGGCCCAAUCUUGGGGACUCGAUGCACACACAUGCACACACACAAGGACACACACAUGCACACAUGCACACACGCACGCACGCGCGCACGCACACGCACGCACACACAGACACACACACAGAAACACAGACAUACACACACACACACACACAGGUUCCCGCUGCGGCUGUACUGUGGGUUAGACAGAUCAGUACACACAUAGAGGGAGAGACAGAACACAGAGAUUGUAUUGCCUCCCUCCUCCGGUGUAAAGCGAUACGACCAGAUUUUCUCGCACAUUUGCACCUCCCGCUUCUCGUAAGGGAUUUGGUGACGGAUGAUUUAUGCGCCAUCGAGAUGCCAGCGUGUGGAGAGGGCUGAUUAGUGUUCAGGCGCUGUCGCGAAAUGUUUUGCUUUUGUUUGUUUUUUUCCAAAUGUGGUGGGAGGCGUCUUGGCAACGGGCCUCGGCUGCCUCGCAGUAUAGACGUCGACGACAAAGCACAGCCUGGUCGUCUCCUUAUAUGUCUGAGGCGGAGGAGGAGGAGGAGGAGGUUGUGAUGUGUGUUUGGUUGCAUGCCAAGGCACCUCCUCCCCCUUACCCCCGCCUCCCGCCUCCACCGCUUUCCACUGUUUCCUUUUGGUGGUCCUCUGCCGCUGUAGCAGUAUGUUGUGGUCUAUUUGACAGGAGAGGUGUUUGAGGAGCCAGGUGGUCCGUCUCUGUACCGGGUGGCUGGAUCAGCGAUGCAGGCUGUUGGUUAUGUGUUUGAAUGAAGCGGCCCUAGCUACCUAUUAUACUAUUAUAACUACAUUAAUAACGGUGUUAAAGACUAGUUUGGGCUUUGUACCAGUGGCAGUGGAACUUACUUUGACCUUUCAUUCCUACACAGAACAGUUCUCCUUAAAAAAAUGACCCCUGACACUGCACUUUGAUAUUCAGGGAAUUCUCCACAAGUAGACCUCUCGUCUGGCUUUGGCAGCAAUAGAUAAUCGUAGCGUCUGUCCGCUCACUUGCGGACAGAGACGUUGACUAGAUGCACUCUCAGGACUCCACUUGAGCACCAAGCUGCAUCAGCAGUAAAGUCAGAACAAGACGUCAACUAUUCCAACUGCAUGCCUCUCAAAGGCCACAUUAUCAUCUACGCUCUGUUCCAUCUCUGUAUGAAGACAAAUCUCAUCAGCCCCCCCCUCCACAGAAAUGAGCCUGGGGCCAGCCCUGUUGUAUGCCAGAUAGUUCACUCCUCUCUGGAGUGAACUGUUCGUCGUAUUCACUCACUGCGUGUUUUUUGAUUUGAUUGACUGAAUGGCACUGUGUUGACUGAAUUGUGAGACACAGUUAGAAGUCUGUCUCAUGAAAGCUACACCCGCUCUCUGCUUUUAAAAUGUUCUUAAAAUUUCUUCAAAGUCAUAAAAAGAUUUCUGCGUAAAUUCUGGCAGCAGCUGGUCGCAACAGUAUCACACAGCUGCAUUCUGCCUAACCUGGUCCUGCAUUUCAAUGACUUCAGUUCUACCCCUCGAAGCGUGUCUUUAAGGGGUAAUGACCAGGUAUGGUGGUCUGCCCAGAACAUCUGCUGCUCGUCCCCCCCUGGCUCCUGGUCUACUGUUUGCAGACGGAGGUGUUGGCAUGGGCGGAGAUGUCUUUCAUGUUCCAUGGUUCAAUUGCACGUAUCCUUAAGUCGAACGCUUUUCUUAGUAUGGAUUUUUUAAGAUGCCGAGAGAGCGAUCGGCGGUAAUGAAGUAGUCUCAGACUCAGCGUUGGUCUCCUGAAAGACGGGCAAAAUGAGUGGGGCCUGGGGGGGGGGGGGGGGGGAAACAGUUGGCAACAUGCGUUUGUAACUGGAUGCAGGGCAGCCAUUGGUGGUCACGUGACUGACAAGCAGCCUACUGUCACCUCGGAAACCAGGAGUGCCAGCCACUCUUAACCAAUCAUCCCUGGAAUGCUGGCUGUCACUGGGCUGAGGCUAUUUCUGCUGCCGGUCGCUAUUGCUUGCUAGUGCAUGGAGCUUGGCUUACAGGGAUCCUUCUAUUUAGUUUCUCCCUCUCCCUCCGCCUCACCCCCCCCUUGUUCCCCCCACACCCCCAAAACUAAAGUGUGUACCAAUAAGUGGUUGUUUUUUUUCCCUCAGUGCGCCUUUUCCGCUUAAACUUUUUAUGUGUGUGGGGCGAGUGUGCUGCUGGUCCACAUUUCAUACAGCUUACUGUCAGAGGGAAGGUUCCUGAAAGACUCUUAAGAGGAGGGGACAGAGGAAGAGCGAGCGAGAGGGAGGGAGAGAGAGAGAGAGAGGGAGAGAGAGGGGAAGGGAGGUGGGGUGAGAGUGAGAAGGAGAGGAGUAAAAGGGGAUCAUCCAGCCGGCUGGCCGUAGAAGUGGGAGAAGUGAGCGACACGCCGAGACAGAAGCCAGAGGAGCGGCAAGCAGCCAGGCAGCGUGAGCUCUCCGGCCCCAGGACAAAAAUGGCCCACCGCCUGCGACUUUUUUUCGGCUCGGGCCGCAGCAACACGGCUCCGGAGCUGGAGGUGGUCGAAGGAGACUCUGGCGAGAGGAGGCAGCGGCGGCAGCAGCAGCAGCAACAACAGGAGGACGGCGGCGGCAACCACGCCAUGAGGUUCUGCAUGCGGACACCCCCAGUGUCCGGGUCACCACAGGAGCUGUCGCCUCUGUCCUUCUCCGGCCCGACCGGCGCUGCAACAUGGGGGUCGGAACCGGCGCUGAAACGGAGCUCGUCCAUGUUCAUCCCCCAGCUCGCCCCCUCGGCCGAGCCGCGGGCCACCAAGAGCUCCACCAUGCAGAUCUCCCUCCAGCGCUCCGGCAGCAGGCCCGGCUGUAAGGAGUUCAACGGAUGUGCGUACGACGACCCGCCACCCUGCUACAGUCCUCCAGGGCCGGCUCCCGCCUACACGGAGCCAGGCGAGCUAAGUGAUUAUCCAUAUCCACCGCCACCCCCGUACUCCAGCCCGGACGUACCGGGGAGUCAUCCCACGGAGCCCGAUCGGCCCGGCCGCAGGGUCUUCAGCGUGGGGUCCAACGGACACGGCGGGUCCGCCCAGGGUCAAGCCGGCAUCAGCAUCGGCGGGAUCCGUAUCCAGAGGAACUCCCCCGACGGUUCGGAGGUCCAGCAUCUCCGGAUCCUGCCCUACGGCGGGACCGGGGGGCCGCUGGGGUGGUACGUCCAGCAGAAGGGCGCGGACCAGCCCGGGACGGGCAACGGGGGAACACAGAGACUCGUGUUUCAACUGCAGCAGAAUCAGAGCCAGGAUCAGAACCAGGCCGGACAACAGUCCCCUUCACCCCAGGACGAGUGCACUCAUCUGGGAUUCGCCAACCCCGGGGACGGACCAGUGUUUGGUUACCCCAGGAUUAGACUGGAGAGGACGGCCUCAAAGCAGAGAGCGCCCGUGGAAAACCUACAGCAGGGUUCUGGGGGUCAAGCUAACGAGGAGGCCUGCGGCCAGCCGGAGACACGGCAGAGGGUGGAAACAGAAGACCGAGCUAAAGGUUGCACCUUCAAAAUCCAAAGAGAAACUCCGAGGAGGCAGCCUCAUUUCAGGAUAUGCUUCAGCCCAAAUGGUAGUCGAGGUCAGAACGUGAACAUUGACUCUGACUUCACACAAAAUAACCCAAAGGUAAACCGUGUGUAUGAGGAACAAAAUAACUAAAACUUUGUGCUUCGUAAUUGCGCUGUGUCCAUGGCUUUGGAUUUGCAGUGAGGUAGUGAUAAGAGGUAAAACCCAUCCAAAUUAGUUUGGGAACAACUGUAAACAUCCUGUUUUCAUGUAGUGCAGUAGAGUUUUCCUCAAAUAUGACAAAUAAGGGUCAUCAUUCUUUGCUUUUCCAUGACUCAGAUGGGGGUCUGUUGUUGUUUUUGUUUUUGUAGUAGUCGUCGUAGCAGCAGUAGUAGUAACAGUAGUAGUAGAAGAGGCAUUUUACGAGUAUUUCAAGCCAUACAGCCCCCGUGCCAGGGUGAUAUGCAGGGUCUGAUUGGGAAGAGGGAGGUAGACUUCUGGGAAGAGCAGCAGAGAGCUCUGCGUAGCCGGGGCUAAACCACACGCCCCCGGGUUCUCUUUCACCCGCAGGCAUUUGAAGUUUUGCAUACAUCAGCUAAUAUACUUUUAAUGAAAGGAACAGAAGGGGGAGAACUGAGGGAAACACUGCAUAACCUUUUGACACACUUGUCUCCUUCUGAUGUGCUUUUAAUUGAAUUAUUCCAACGGUGAGUGUGACCACUUAUUUUCAUAAUGCAGUCAGCUGGAGGUUACACUCAUCUCUGCCACGGGCUGAUUCUCAGGACGUGUUGUUGAAUUUCAAAGCAGGCCGACAGGCUUUUCUUCUGAGUCUUGAGUCUGGUCUGAUACGGGUUCCUCUUGCUCACAGCUGCUCCUCCAGUCAUUAGGAGCCGAGGUGCCAGGACAAUCGAGAAGUCUAACAAGAUAUCAGUGUCAACAUUGCCUGAAGGUCUCGAGUCCUGCGAGGUAGCGAUGAUCUUUGCCUUUUUAAACGACCAGUUUACUAUUUCACACCUUCUCGAUGUAAACUGUUGAGUGAUUUAUAAAAAAAAUUCCACACUCAUCGGUAACCACACUUCAUUGUUCAGUAACUUCAGGCGCCUGUACUAAAUAUCCAGAGGGAUUUUCAGGUCAUAUGCUGCAGUAAACGACAUUAGGGCCUGUAUUGAUGCGUCUACUGUGGUUAUUUGGAAAAGGAUUUGACAGCGAGUUUCUUCAAGCAAGUCUAUCCCUGGCUUAGCAAGUCGUGAUGGUCAAUUGAAAAGUGCAAGUUAUAUAAUUCUUGCAUAUAUUUUAUCCUGGCUUCACCAUUUAGAAAAGAAAGAAAAUAUUUUCCACCCGCUAUUGGUUUAUUCAUGGUUUCUUCGAGUGUCUUGUUUUGGUUUCUUGGAAGAGUCCCGUUCAUAUGCCAGAGUGACAGCACUUUUGGUUUUGGUUUCCACAGCUUGGCAGUCGUGCUGGGGCAUUGGUCCUGCCGCUGUAUAUCUAUUACAGCGCCUUCACCUUCAGCAACAAUGCGCCUGCUAUGGUGAAUUGCUCUUGUCCUUUUCGGUCUUGCUCACACAUUUCGCAACACAUUGUGUUUCAUUUUCGCACUAGUCCCCCUCCUGGCAUACCAGAGUCCCAUGCCAGAGAGGGAAUCCUCAUAUAGACCCUACAACCCCCCCCCCCCCCUCCAACCCUCCCCACCACCUUUCAAAAGCCCUGCAUGUCAUGGCACACGUGCAUGCAUUCGAGUAUGUCUGUGUUUGUGCCAACCAGAUUGGCUGCAGACAGUUAUGCAGCCAUGCCAUGCCCAGGUCAAAGCUCUGUUAAGACCUCCACCACCCCUGCCACUACAACCCCCCCUCCUCCUCAUUGUCAUUCACAAAGAGCUCUGGCAGACGGUCAAGGCACACUAAAUCUACCUGGGGAAGGCGUGGAGGCGCAGCACCCAUCUAAGGACUUAGAUGGGUGCUUGGGAUGGUUCCUGUUAUUGCCCCUCUCUCUCCUCAGAUGUUUUGCUGACCUUUUGGAAGGCAGUGUUUCUAGUGUAGACGGUGCUUUAUUCACACUGUGCGGUCCCCCCACUUUGACUGGAGAGACCCUUUUUCAAAGGUGCACUCUUGAGUGGUUUACGAACACCCAUUUUUCCGUUAAUAAAGUCUGCGGCCGCCCCAACACAUUUGUGGUUCCGAUGUGGUCGGGCAGUUGUUUGGUGGCCAGACGGACAGUUAUUUGUCCAACCUAACACAACAUACCCACGUAGGCCGACUUGUUUAUAAAAGUGUUCUGGCCUAUUAAUGCCCGCUCGCCCAGACAUCUGUGGGCGAGCUCUCUGUAUCCUUUCUGUUCCGUCCCUGUGAGCAUAUUUUUCUGUGACAUUCCUGCGUCUAUUAUCUUAAUCGAAUACGGAAUGAUUGAUCGUAUCUGGUCCUG